CUUUAAGGAAUUUAUUCAUGCAAACUAAAAUCAUCUCAUGGAUUCAUAAAUAUGAAUACCAACUUAUUAACAGAGGGCAAAAAAUCUGUCACAGAGGCUGGAAAACCUGUCUUUAUUAGAACAUUCCUGUUCUCCAUAUUUAGGUCACAUGGAAACCUAAUUAGUAACCAGACAGUUGUUUGGUGAACAUGAAAUUUUAGAGCAGAGGCAUACAUAUCUUUUCAUCAAGAUAUGGGUAGCCUGAUGAGUCACUGCACUUGACUUACAGCUGCCUGUUCCUACAUUGUUGGCCAGAAUAAUCAUGCCUGGUAGUACAUUAUGUUCCCUGAGUGGGACAGGUUCUGGUUUUCCCUGUCUGUAGUUGUCUGUGUCACCACUCUGUCCUGUUUGUAUUUAUUAUUAUCUCACCUGGUGUAUUACAAUUUCAAUUACACAGAUAAUUUUUAUAGUUUACAAUUUAUCUGUAUCACAAAGAUAAAUCUCAUUAAGGUAUCCCCAGAUUUCAGUUUGAGAAGGGCUAUUGUUAAGGGACAUUUUCCUGAAUGUAGUUAAACCUAUGUUGGAUGUGAGGAUUUUUGUUAGCUUUAGUGAGUGUUUUUGUUUUUGUUUAGUUUUUUACUUUUUUCCUGACUUGGAGAGAAGUCUUAUUUUGGGAUCUAGUGUUCUGUGUUUGCAUAAUGGUUUUAGUUGUUUUGAUAGUUAUAAUGAAAGAGAAAAAUGCUAUUUUAUGUUUUUCAAAAAAUUUGUAGCUUAUAUAUUUCUCUUUGAAGUAUUAGAGCAUAGGAUUAAGCAUAUAUACUUGGUUUUAUCUAAAUUUGUAAUCAUUUUAGGAAUCACUUACCAGGCAAGAAAAGAGCUUCACAAAGCAGUAAGAAAAGUUUUGGCAACAUCAGCCAAGAUACUGCGGGGCCCAUUUGCCGACACUUUUAGUACCAUCGAUGUGGAGGAUCAUGAAUGUGCUGUGUGGCUGCUCCUGAGGAAGAGCCAGUCGGGGGACAGGACAGCGCGAUUGCAGGCCGUACAGGAGAUGUCGGAGACCCACCACUGGCAUGAUUACCAGUAUAGGAUAAUUGCUCAAGCCUGUGAUCUGAGAACUCUUAUCGGUUUGGCACGAAGCAAAGAGAGUGAUCUUCGUUUUUUCCUGCCACCACCUCCUUUGCCAUCUUUAAAUGAAGAUACUUGCAUUGAAGAAGAGCUCAGACAGUUGCUGGCUUCUUUACCUCAAACGGAGCUAGAUGAGUGUAUCCAGUAUUUCACAUCUUUGGCUCUGAGUGAAAGCAGUCAAAGUCUAGCUGCUCAGAAGGGUGGCUUAUGGUGUUUUGGAGGAAAUGGACUUCCUUAUGCUGAAAGUUUUGGAGAAGUUCCUUCAGCUACGGUGGAAAUGUUCUGUUUAGAAGCUUUGGUAAAACAUUCUGAGAUACCCACACACUGUGAUGAAAUUGAAGCAAAUGGAGGCUUGCAACUACUUCAGAGGCUGUACCAACUUCACAAGGAUUGUCCCAAAAUACAGAGAAAUAUAAUGCGUAUCAUUGGAAACAUGGCUUUGAAUGAACAUCUUCAUUCUACUAUAGUUCACUCAGGUUGGGUUUCUGUACUGGCAGAAGCAAUGAAGUCUCCCCGCAUAAUGGAGGCCUCACAUGCUGCCAGAACCCUGGCUAAUCUAGACCGAGAGACCAUGCGAGAAAAAUACCAGGACGGCGUGUACGUACUACACCCCCAGUAUCGCACAAGUCAGCCCAUUAAAGCAGAUGUCCUUUUUAUUCAUGGCCUUAUGGGAGCAGCAUUCAAAACAUGGCGCCAGCAGGACAAUGAGCAGCUUUUAACUGAAAAGAUUUUAGAGGACGAUGCCAGGUAUACAACAUGUUGGCCUAAGACAUGGUUGGCAAGAGACUGUCCUGCUCUCCGAAUUAUAUCUGUGGAGUAUGACACCAGCCUGAGCGACUGGAGAACGAGGUGCCCGAUGGAAAGGAAGUCCAUUGCAUUCAGGAGCGACGAGCUUCUGAGGAAGCUCAGAGCUGCUGGUGUUGGGGACAGGCCGGUCAUUUGGGUGUCACACAGCAUGGGAGGUCUUCUUGUCAAAAAGAUGCUGUUGGAAGCCUCUAAGAAGCCAGAAAUGAGUACUGUUAUAAACAAUACCAGAGGAAUAAUUUUUUAUAGCGUCCCUCAUCAUGGAUCCCAUCUGGCUGAAUACUCUGUUAAUAUUCGCUAUCUUCUCUUUCCCUCCUUGGAAGUCAAAGAACUCAGCAAGGAUUCUCCUGCACUUAAAACACUACAGGAUGACUUUCUGGAGUUUGCUAAAGACAAAAACUUCCAGGUGCUGAAUUUCGUGGAAACACUGCCAACUUACAUUGGUAGCAUGAUUAAACUGCAUGUGGUACCUGUGGAAUCAGCAGAUUUAGGCAUUGGAGAUCUAAUUCCUGUGGAUGUUGACCAUUUGAACAUUUGUAAGCCAAAGAAAAAAGAUGCUUUUUUAUACCAGCGUACCUUACAAUUCAUCUGUGAAACUUUAGCCAAAGAUCUUGAAGACUGACUGUUAUCUUCUUCCAUUUUGCAAGAAGUUUGGUGUUCUCUUUCUCUUUUAAAGCUCUAAGCAAUCAUGCAAACAUAUUCCCUGUGGCAUCACUGUGGUCUGAAGCAUGUUGCAGGCAACAGCCUAUUCUCAUUUCAUGCACUGAAAAGCACAAACCUAAAGUGGCAAUCAGAGAAUGAAGGGCUAGACUGGAUUCUUUUGAUUUAAAAGAAAUUCCAUGUGCACUAGCUUAUGUUUUGCAGCGUUGGCCCUGGUGCAGGGACCAAGCUGCUACGGACAGAGACUGCCUUUUGUCAUCUGUGACUGUCUCCAGCUCAUACCAGGAGGAACACUGAUGGUUUCUCAAGGGAGAGCAAUCAUCACCUUCCAUAAAAAUGCCAUUUGGAGAGUACCUAGACUAGAGAGGAAACUGAACUAUGGAAGAUAAUAUAUAGAAUAUAAAUAUUUUUUGUUCUGGGUUUCCAUGUGCUGUAAAUUUAAAAAUAUAUAUCCGUGUAAACCUUUGUCUAACAUUAACUGUCAGACUUGUCAUCCAUGGGCAGUUCCUUAUAAGUUUUUAUUUUCAUAUUGCUGAGAAUAAUUCUCUUUUUAAAAGAAUUGUAGCCUCUAGUAAUUCUUUCCAGAUUGCAGCUACCUAUACUUGUAAUUUUUCCCAGAUAAGGAUAAAGUAGCUAAUCCAUUAUAUAUAUAUAUAUAUCAGCAGUACUUAGUAUGAAGAUUCUCUGAUUCUCUUUAGCUAAGUAACAUAGACCUUUCUUUCAUGCUCAUUUGAAAGUUGCAUCAAUUGACCUUGAGCAUGUAAGAAAUAUGAAAUCACGUUAAUGACUUUUUAGUUUUAAAUAACAGCAUUAAGAUAGAAAUCGCGUAAUACUGAUCCUUUUAAAUAUACAGUUGAUUUUUAGUGUAUAUACAGAGUUGUACGACCCUCCCCACUAUGUAAUUUCAGAACAUUGCAUCAUCCCCCAAAUUAACUCUAUACCCAUUAGCAAUCACGACUCACCUCCUUUCCCUUCAGCUCCUGCCAAACACUAAUCUACUCCCUCUCUCUAUGGAUUUGCGUAUUAUGGACAUUUCAUAUAAAUGGAACCCUACAAUGUGU